UAGGCCAACGCAAACUGAUGAAAAGUCGGUCAGCUUUAUUGAACACGUUUUUUUACUCCGGUGGUUUAAUGCAGCCUCGGUGCCACACUGAGAUGAAGUGUCCGUGCUUGAGUAGGUUUUCUGGCUGAUAUUUCAGAGGAUUUGGAGCUGGGACUGCUAACUUUUAAUGAUGACUUUUGCCAUGCUGCGGCCUGUGGCGACGCACUUGAUCUACUCAGACUUCAAUAUCACGUCCGAGGACGAUGAAAACCGCAGCGAAAGCGACGACAGCUCGGAGCAAAGUUACUGUAGCUCCGAAAAGCGAAGACGGCUUUCAGGCAACCUGGAAGGAGAAACCACAGUGGUGAUAAAACAGAGGAGCGCGGCUAACGCCAGGGAGAGAGGUAGGACCCAAAGUGUCAACACCGCAUUCACAGAUCUCCGGACUCUCAUACCCACCGAACCAGUGGACAGAAAGCUCUCCAAGAUCGAAACUCUUCGCCUGGCAUCCAGCUACAUUUCCCAUCUGGCCAACGUGCUUCUUCUCGGAGACGGCAGCGUGGAUGGACAGCCCUGCCUCGGCGCGGUCCAUACGCAAGGAGAGAGCGGGGCGAAGCAGCCGCGGACCAUCUGCACCUUCUGUCUGAGCAACCAGAGGAAAGGGAUAAAGGAUGGAAAAGACUGUUUAAAAAUGCGAGGGCUGGGUCCGCUGCGAAUGAGACGCUGACUGAAGACCAGUGAAUGAUUAGCAACCUGAAAAUCCUCAAAGACUUUCUCAGGGAAGAGUCAACGCUGGUGUUACACACACAGAUAUACACACACACAGAUAUACAUAAAUACAUACACACACACACUCACAUGCACAUGCACACACUCACAUGCACCUACACACAUGCACAUACACACAUGCACAUACUACAUGCUGGAUCAAAUGAUGGAACCAAACAGACUAUUUAUACAUGACUGAGAAAUUUAAGCAUAAGCCUUUCAGAGAUGCAGUGCAUUUGUUUGAAACUUAUGAGUGUUUGUCCCCUUUUUUUGGAAAAGUUUUAAAUAAAAUUUAUUUUAUCAAAAAUCUUGAUUUCUUAAUGAAAUUAGAUGUA